AUGCGAACCUUUGAUCCUCCUUCGCCACGUUACUACAAGGCGUCCCUGCGGACUCGCGGACAGGAUUCCGACGCCAUGAGGCGGAUGCAGGCGAUGUGGGAUGGCAUCUCCAACUGUCGACAUUGGGGCGUAACCUAUGGGGCGCACUCAUGGGGUUAUACAGUCCUUCGUACAAUCUACUCGGAGGAGUCCAACGAGCUAUGGCCUGUUGCUUUGGCCAAAUUGGAGCGCUGGGUGACCCAAUACUUUGUCCAUGAGACGCGUCUGGCAGUGCCACGCUUUACCGACGGGUCGGUCAAUGAGGAAAUGGGUCGCCGCUUUGUCCUCGAAACCUUGCAGGAUCCUCAAUCAGAACCUCUACAAAUUCCCGACAUGUCCAAGGCCAGCCGCGCUGAGAUCUUGGCUCUUGCCGACGUCUUUGAUGCUUGGUAUUACGAUGUUGUUGGUGGCAAUCAGGAUGCUCGUAGAUUCAAUCCCAGGUUCUGGGACUUUCUCGUCAUUGAUGAAGCUGCACUCCGGUCCCUUGUCAAGCUCCCUGAUGAGCUACCACCUACAGACCCAGCCCCUCGCGAAGAACGAAGGGCACGGGAUAUAUACUGGGACUUUGCAUAUGUCUGGCUGGUCGAUCCACAGGCCGCGAGGCGUUAUAAGGGCAUUGACAACGAUGAGAAUUACGAUGGCGUAAUGAAGCUCAGCCCUGCGGACAUACCGAGCUCUUGGUUCGAGAGGGUCGCAAUGACGCUGCAAAGUGAUAGUCACAUAUUUCUCCGCCAGGAGAUUCCUACAGGGUCCGGGUCCCUCUGGUACCGUACUCAAGGCUUUUGA